CCUGUACUGUGUCCGCAGUCUCUGGUCAUCUCCUGUACUAUGUGCGCAGUCUCUGGUCAUCUCCUGUACUAUGUGCGCAGUCUCUGGUCAUCUCCUGUACUAUGUGCGCAGUCUCUGGUCAUCUCCUGUACUAUGUGCGCAGUCUCUGGUCAUCUCCUGUACUAUGUCCGCAGUCUCUGGUCAUCUCCUGUACUAUGUCCGCAGUCUCUGGUCAUCUCCUGUACUAUGUAUGCAGUCUCUGGUCAUCUCCUGUACUAUGUCUGCAGUCUCUGGUCAUCUCCUGUACUGUCUGCAGUCUCUGGUCAUCUCCUGUACUAUGUCUGCAGUCUCUGGUCAUCUCCUGUAGUACAUCCGCAGUCUCUGGUCAUUCCUGUACUAUGUGUGCAG